AUGCCGUUCAUUGAUGCACUAGGAGAAAUGCCGAGGUAUGCCAAAUUCCUUAAAGAUCUUUUAUCUAACAAAAAGAGAUUGGCUGAAACUACUACUGUUGUGCUAGGAGAAGAAUGUUCUGCUAUAUUACAUAAGAAUGUGCCUAGAAAAUUAAAAGAUACUGGAAGCUUUACUAUCCCUUGUAAUAUAGGAGGAACGACUUUUAAUAGAGCCUUGGCAGACCUAGGUGCUAGCAUCAAUCUAAUGUCAUUCGCAUUAUAUCGACAAUUGAAUCUAGGAACUCUUAAGCCUACACGCAUGAGCAUUCAAUUAGCUGAUCGAUCCACCAAGUACCCUAGGGGUAUAGUGGAAGAUGUUUUAGUCCGAGUCGAUAAAUUUAUUUUUCCAAUGGACUUUGUGAUUUUAGAUAUGGACCCAGAUGUGGAGAUUCCUCUCAUCUUGGGCAGACCUUUCUUGGCGACUGCUAGAGCCUUAAUAGAUGUGGGGGAAGGCAAACUCGUUAUUCGUGUAGGAGACGAGUCUGCCAGCUUCGACGUGACCAAAAUUAUGAAAUACCCUCUAGAUGGUGAUGAAUGCUUUUUCGUUGAUUAUGUGCAUGAUGAAAUUGAUUAUCUGUGUGAAGUGCCCAAAGCCAAGAAGCAUGAUUUUAAUUGGGAAUUCUCGGAGGAAACGGUUGGAAAUGAUGGGGAUGAAUUUGAUGAAUUUGGGAAGGAAUUUGAUGAUGGGAAUGAGAAAUGA